GCCCGCCUCUUCUCUCGCUCCCCGCCGGCCGCGGCUCCCUCGCUCUCCUCCCCGUCUCCCGUCAGCUCCGCCGAGCGAUGCGAGUUCUGGGCCCCGGCGACGCAGCCUCCCGCUAGAGACCUGCACCCCCCCCAACACCCACCCUCGGCCCGGCCCUCCGCCCAGUCCAGCCCCGCGCGCGGGGGUAGGAGAAGGCGCCGCGGACGCACCGACGGCCGAGGAGCGGCGAUGCACAUGCACUAGCGGCACCCCCUAACUCACUCCCUCCACACCCCGCGCCGCCGCCGCCGCCGCCGCCGCCUCCACCUUCUCCGCCUCCGCCUCCUCCUCCUCCGCCUCCGGCAGCCGCGGCAGAAGGACCCACCCUGCCCCCCACCCCACCCUCCGCCAGCUCCGGCUGCGGAUCCAGCCUCGACUCCUAUUUUAUUUAUUUUGGGUCGUGCACUAGCCUCGCUGCCUGCAGCCCGCGCCUCCCGGGCCCGCGGGCGCCUCCUCCCUCGGCUCCGGAGCCCCAGACCUCGGCCACCCUCACCUCGACACCCCCAGACCCCAGCCAGCCGCCGCUAGUCUUCGCCGCUGGAAUCUUGAUAGAGGCUGUCUUUUGGUGGGGAUUCUGGUCUUUCGACAAUCUUGUUCCCGGCCAAGGAGAGGAUAUCGUGAUUUUCUCCCCUUUGAGCCCAGGCUCCGCUCUGUGGGGGGGUGGGGGGCGCGCCGACCCGGGGAGUCGUGCCAGCCGAGUCGUGCGGGCUGUGGCAGGGAAGGGGCCACCAUGGGAUGUACUCUGAGCGCAGAGGAGAGAGCCGCCCUCGAGCGGAGCAAGGCGAUUGAGAAAAACCUCAAAGAAGAUGGCAUCAGCGCCGCCAAAGACGUGAAAUUACUCCUGCUGGGGGCUGGAGAAUCAGGAAAAAGCACCAUUGUGAAGCAGAUGAAGAUCAUCCAUGAAGAUGGCUUCUCUGGAGAAGAUGUAAAGCAGUACAAGCCUGUUGUCUACAGCAACACCAUCCAGUCUCUGGCAGCCAUUGUCCGGGCCAUGGACACUUUGGGCGUCGAGUAUGGUGACAAGGAGAGAAAGGCGGACUCCAAGAUGGUGUGUGAUGUGGUGAGUCGCAUGGAAGACACGGAACCCUUCUCUGCAGAGCUGCUCUCUGCCAUGAUGCGACUCUGGGGCGACUCAGGGAUCCAGGAGUGCUUCAACCGAUCUCGGGAGUAUCAGCUCAAUGACUCUGCUAAAUACUACCUGGACAGCCUGGACCGGAUUGGAGCCGCUGACUACCAGCCCACGGAGCAGGACAUCCUCCGAACCAGGGUCAAAACCACCGGCAUCGUAGAAACCCACUUUACAUUCAAGAACCUCCACUUCAGGCUGUUCGACGUUGGGGGCCAGCGAUCUGAACGCAAAAAGUGGAUCCACUGCUUCGAGGAUGUCACGGCCAUCAUCUUCUGUGUCGCACUCAGCGGCUAUGACCAGGUGCUCCACGAGGACGAAACCACGAACCGCAUGCAUGAAUCCCUGAAGCUUUUUGACAGCAUCUGCAACAACAAGUGGUUCACAGACACAUCCAUCAUCCUGUUUCUCAACAAGAAGGACAUAUUUGAGGAGAAGAUCAAGAAGUCCCCACUGACCAUCUGCUUUCCUGAAUACACAGGCCCCAGUGCCUUCACAGAAGCCGUGGCUCACAUCCAAGGGCAGUAUGAGAGUAAGAAUAAGUCAGCUCACAAGGAGAUCUACACCCAUGUCACCUGUGCCACGGAUACCAACAACAUCCAAUUUGUCUUUGAUGCCGUGACGGACGUCAUCAUCGCCAAAAACCUGCGGGGCUGUGGACUCUACUGAGCCCUGGCCUCCUGCCCAGCCCGCUACGCACUUCUCCCCUGGACCCAGAGUUCUGCCACCACUCAGAUAUCCUGUUCACUGAAGAAAUACCCGAAGGCUGGCCUGGGUGGGGAGGAGGAGGAGCAUCUUUUGAGCAUCCCCACCCUACCCCACUUCAGCUGCAUGACACACAGGAACAGGGUUGGGCAGAGGAGUGGGGCACCACGUGCCACAAGGCCAGAGAGGGCUGCAUACCACCUGGGUGCUGCUCACUGGUCGGCUGUGUCUUUUACUCAGAGGCUGAGUGGGCAACACUGCCAUCUGGCUCGGGGUGGGCAUGUCCUGUUCUCUGUGCCUCCUUCGCCAAGUCCUGGUGUCUCUUCUUCACCUGGGGUGACAGGGUGGCUGGCAGGAUGCCCCUGUGGCAGGUGCUGGCUGAUUAGGAGAUAGCUGAUGCCAUCUCUCAGCUUUCCUUAGGGUCUGUUUGGUAGAGGGCAGUUCCGUCGCCAAAAGCCAACAUGGAAUCAGACCGCUUUGGGGGUGCAAAGACUCAGACCUUGGGGUUCCCUCCUCCUUCACCUUGGAUCUUAGUCCUUCUCUGGUCAUCUUCCCUUGCCCUUGAACUCCCCAGGAUACUCAGCCCUGACUCCCAUGGGCCUGGGAAUAUUCCUUAAGACUGGCUGACUGCAAAGGUGGGUUUGUGGGGGAACAAGACCUGUGCCAUAGAAGUUAGGGUGGGAGGGAAAGCUGAGGGGGCAGACAUCUCUUUCCUGCAUUAGGCUGCUUGUAAGCCCUGAGAGAGCCAUCUGCUGGCUGUACGGCUCAGCUAGCCUGGGUGUGAGUGAAUAGAUAAGCUUUCCUUCAGGUCACAGCCAGAGCAGGCAGUGACCUGGAGAUUAUUUAGGCAGAAGCACAGGGGACUUAUGAGCUAGGCCCUGAAGUCAAUGCCCUGCUUUGCUCCACCUUGGUCAGGAAGUCAGGAACCCCUUAGUAGAUUCCUGGUCUCAGGGCAGAGGGCAAGCAAUGAGGCAGCACCCUGAAGUAUGAGUUCAGGAGGAGCAUAAACCAGCUCAGACAUAUACCCAGUGAGGAAAGGGUCCUAGGAGCCCAGGGAGGGGCUUUGCUUCAGAGAUUCCUAAGCAGAAAGGGUUGGCAUGGCUUUUGGCAACUCUAGCCUCUGCUGACUUGGGAUAGUCAGAAUAUUUCCCUGCCAUUCCUAGACAUCUACAAUUGGCUGGUACCACAGCAAAUGGUUAUGCAGACUGUGCACUCAUCUAGCAGGCUGAACCUAAGGAUCCAGAUGUGUCCCGGGGGCAGUUGGGAAAGGCCUACACCUAGAAGGGUCUCUGCCUUCCUCAAGCCCUGUAUUUCCCAGCCUCCACUGCGAACACUUCUCCAUCUCAGGCCAACAGCUCUGGGCUUGCUGGUUCCAACAAGAACAGAACUCUGGGCCAUCUAGGGAGACAUGGGGACCUUCCCCAGUGCCAAAUGCUUGUAGGGGUGAUCCUCAGGGACUCACCCCAGUCUGGCUACCUUGCCACUUCUGCACACAUCUGCUUCCAUUGUGUACACCCCUCAUUUUGUUUUAGAACUUUGUGCCAUGUACUGGGAGGUAGCAGAGAACAGGCUCCUAGAGACCAUGGUCCCGGUGACCUGCUGUGGUAGCUAAGGCCAAUUAAACCAUUUCUCAGUAUCACUCCAAGUUAAAAGUUACCUGUAGUCAAGGGAUGUUGGCCAAGCCCCAUCUUUUAAGACCAUCUCCAGGGAGGCAGAAGUCACCAUCCCUGUCACCUCGCAGCUCCCAGUCCCCAGGCAGCCCCUUCAGAUCACUGCAGCACAAUAGCCAGAACCUUCGGCUAGAACCAGGGCCUGUGCCUAGACUCCUCACUCCCGUCCCCAGGACUACCUUCUGUCUGACCUGCUGUGCUCAGCCUAGUGUGUUGCGCAGCUCUCAGCCCUCCCACUCUGGCCCUCCGAGGUGGGGAGGUCUCAGGCUGUCUACUGUAAGUCCUCAAGAACAUGAUCGAUAGGGAAUACUGUCCUGCUUGCCAUGUGUGUCAUCACUACCAUGGCUACCAUGGCGGGGGGUGGGGUGGACAAAUGUGUGUGACAGAUUAGUCUUGGCUCCGUCGUGGCCUUGGGUCUGGGGAGAAGUGGUGUAAGUGACCAGAUCAGAGGAAUGUCGUGGCCGUGUCCCCAGAGGGACCAUGCUACAAUUUCUGAAUGGUCUAACUCAGCAGGCCGGAAGCCAGUUUCCAGAAAGAGUGCCUUUACCACAUUCAUGGAACUGUGCCUGUUGCCUAGUGCCUAUGGGCAAAUCCUGUGCCCUGUGCCUAUGGCCAUCCCACGAAUCUUUCCUUUACAUAUAGGUAGAGCCCCCCCCCCCAAGCCUCUGUUCUGAACUUUGGAGGGUGCUGUUGAACUCUGGUUUGGGGAUGGGGAUGGAAUCCUCCCAAUCUGAACCACUCACCAGUAAUUCUGACCUUUAGCCUCAUACUAUCCAUUGUGUGGAGCCCCCUAGAUCCUGGUGCCCUGUCCCUUUGUAUCCUCUUGCGCCAUGCAGAAGACCUCCAUUAUCCCAGCCUCCCAGCAAAGGCCCACAUCCUACUGUUGGGAGAAGGAGGCAGCUGGCCUGUGUAGACUGCACUGGAUACCACAGAGUGUCCUCCUUAACCCCAUGACCUGGCUAUCCAGAGGGUCUCCACAGGAAAAGUUGACAGGGCUUCAUCCCAGCCCUUUCCCUCUGCAGAAAGUUCUGCUGCAAGAGAUGCACCCAGGGUUCCCAUGUCCUACAUGCUACAGGAUAGGCUUCACUCUCCUCCUGACCCCUCCCCUUCUCCAUGACCCAGCCUCUUGACAAGGAGAUCUGCCACACCCAGGAGAGACUCAUGAACCCUCCAGAUCUUCCCUCUUGACCCAGUAGUCGCCCACCACCCUCUUCUGAAGAUUCUGGGGGCACAGAGCAUCUUCUAGCUGCCACUGCUUUUUUUCCUGGGACCCCUGGUAAGCUCCAGGUACAGCCCCACGGCUCUCAGGAACCCCAUCCUGAGGCUCCAUCUCCUCUGGAACCAGAGAUUCAAGCUGGGCUACUGGAGGUAAGCACCUUCCAGGCUGUCAAUCCUGUCAGGCAACCAGAAGCUAGAGGAAGUCCCAGCAUCCCAAAGAACAGAGCUGGGGUAAGCAGGCCUCUCCCACCCACACCCCUCAGUAAGGAGAGCCUUGUACACAUCUGCUUAGAGAGUGAGGCUUGGGCUUACAGACACUCCCCCAUGCCAGAUGGCCAUGUCAAGGAGGGAACAGGUAGAAGAAACCUAGAAAUAAUGGCCCAUAUUCAAAGUCAUGGGCCCUCUAUUCACAAUAGGGUACCCUAUGAUGGGCAGCUUUCUUCUCUUCUCCAGGCACAAAGGUCACCAGCAGAAACAGUACCCUCCCAGGCAGCCCUCUGGCCCUACUCUCCCCUCCUGUCCCCUCCUUAGCCUCCUGCACCAGCCACAGCUGCCUGCCCAGCAUGGGGGGGCAGCCCCCCAUUUUCUGCUCUUCUCCCUGACUUCUGACUUGACCCCUGUGGCCUAUGCGAACCCUCCAGUCCCAGGCCAAAGGCCGAGCACCCCAUGUUCCUCUUAGCAGAGCCUUCUUAGGUAAAGCGGCCCCACCUCUUCACCCAUUGCCAUCACCUACCCUCAUUAACUGUAAUUUUGUAAGAAGAGUGACUUGCUGGUUUAAUAAAUACCUAGUUAUUGUAAUAA